UUGAUUUACAAAUUAAUGGAUUAUCAGAACAACUUCAUAAAAAUACUGGAUGUAUACCUAAAAUCAAAUCCUGUGCCCAAGUUGACUUAGAAGUUGGAUCAAUGGUUAAACAAUACUUGUUACAAUAUGCAGAUAUAUUUGGAUUGCCAUCACCAAUGCAUCAUUUUGAUGAUUCUGAUGCUUUCAUAUAUCUUCCAACAGGAAAAACAUAUGUUUCAGCAGAGUACUUUCUAGAUGGUGAAAAAAUUACUUGUCAAGAUUUGGUAUCUCAAAUUUUAGUUGCUUGUGCAGAUACAUUAUAUUCCACAAUUGGUUGUAUGGCACCAUUAAAUAGCUUUGCCUUGGCAAGUUCAUCAGACACAAAUAAAUGUAGUUGGCAUAUUAUUUAUCCUUAUG